GGUUAUUACUAGAUAAGGGCGGAGAAAAGGUAGCGUAGACCCGGUUGCGUCAAAGCCGGUGAAAUGGCUUCCUAUAUCGCCUUCUCCUUGAUUCCUCCGUUUUUCCACGGCAACACCACCACCACCACCACCAGUCGCUCUAUCUUCUCUCCUAGUUGUCCGGGUGGUGGUUCACAUCCAUUACCACAUGCUAGAAGAAGAAGACUUCUGCACCGGAGGAGUUCUUUCAAGACACGCAUCAGCGCCAAAGUUGCAGAGAAAAGCGCAUUGCAGUAUCGGAAGCUUGGUGACUCAGACCUCGAAGUCAGCGAAAUCACUCUUGGAACUAUGACUUUUGGAGAACAAAAUACUGAGAAAGAAGCUCAUCAGAUGCUUAGUUAUGCAUUUGAACAUGGGAUCAAUACACUUGACACUUCUGAGGCAUAUCCAAUUCCCAUGAAAAAAGAGACACAAGGAAACACAGAUCGGUAUAUUGCCAGCUGGCUGAAGUCUCAACCUCGGGAAAAGGUUAUUUUGGCAACAAAAGUAAGUGGUUAUUCAGAACGGUCAACUUAUUUGCGUGACAAUGGCAAGGUUUUGCGAGUUGAUGCUGCUAACAUUAGAGAAAGUGUAGAGAAAAGCCUUAAGCGCCUCAACACUGACUACAUUGAUUUAUUGCAAAUUCAUUGGCCAGAUCGCUAUGUGCCGUUGUUUGGUGAAUAUCUCUAUGAUCCUUUAAAAUGGAGGUCAAGCGUGCCUUUUGUAGAGCAACUGAAGGCUUUUCAAGAACUUAUUGAUGAAGGGAAGGUGCGCUACAUUGGUGUUUCCAAUGAGACUUCAUAUGGAGUGAUGGAAUUUGUCCAUGCAGCUAAAGUUGAGGGACUGCCAAAGAUUGUUAGUAUCCAAAACAGCUAUAGCCUGCUAGUUAGAUGUCGUUUUGAAGUUGAUCUUGUUGAGGUUUGCCACCCAAACAAUUGCAAUGUUGGCUUGCUUGCUUAUUCUCCAUUGGGUGGUGGAUCACUGACUGGAAAAUAUAUAGAUAUUAAUUCUGAAGCUGCAAGAAGAGGAAGGAUGAACCUCUUUCCUGGAUACAUGGAAAGAUAUAACAGAUCAAUUGCCAAGGAAGCAACCAUACAAUAUCUUGAGCUGGCAAAGAAGCAUGGAUUAACUCCUGUUCAGCUUGCACUUGGAUUUGCUAGAGAUCGUCCAUUCAUGAUAAGUUCUAUCAUAGGUGCAACCUCGGUCGACCAACUUAAAGAAGACAUUGAUGCUUUUGUGACAACAGAGCGGCCUCUUCCUCCGGAAGUGAUGAGUGGUAUUGAGACAGUUUUUAAGAGAUACAAAGAUCCUGCCAUUCUUUGAGUUACCUUGAAAACAUAUCAUUCAUUCGUUUCUUUUUUUCUUUUUGCCUUUUAUCUAAUUUCUUGCCAAUGUAAUACUUUACAUAUAUAGAUUUUUUUGUAUGAAAUAAGACUAAAACCAAUAUACUCUGAGUAGGGAUUUACAUACAUACAACUCUUAUACAUUACACUUAUAUAAAAUUUUUAAUAAUUA